GGCCCAGAGUCAAGUCACUCCUCUCCGGGAACAGCCAGGGAAUGGGCUCGGCCUCUCCUCAGGAGCCUGAGAAAGACAUGGAGGGCUAUUACAACCUUUUGCAGGCAGGCUCGGAGCUGGAGAACACACUGCAACAGGUCACAGUCCCUGUGAGUAUGCAGGAAGUGGCUGGCUACAUUGAGAAACAAGUGGCAUAUUUAUCAGGGGGAUGCGGUGAGGACUCCAGUGUCAUCAUCACUCUCCCAGAAUGCUCUGCUUUCAGCGACAUUCCUGAAGAAGCUCUGGCCAAAGUUCUUUCAUACCUCACACUGAUCCCGAGAACACGGCAACCUGGUGUAAAAUUUAUCAUCAUUUUAGACCGAAGAUUGGAUACUUGGGCCUCGAUCAAAACAGCAUUGGCACGGAUUGCAGCCUCAUUCCCUGGAAACCUGCACCUUGUGUUGGUGCUGAGACCGACCAGCUUCUUCCAGCGCACGGUUACAGAUCUUGGCUUCCGCUUUAGUCAAGAGGACUUCAUGCUUAAAAUGCCUGUGGUGAUGCUCAGCUCUGUCACAGAUCUGCUGCGUUACAUUGAUGAGAAUCAGCUGACCUCAGAGUUUGGGGGAACUCUUGACUACUGCCACAGCGACUGGAUCGUCUUGAGAACAGCCAUUGAGAGUUUUGCGGUUAUGGUUAAGGACAUUGCUCAGAUGCUGCAGGCGUUUGGAACAGAGCUGGCUGAGACACAGUUAUCAGAGGAGUGCAGUGCUGUUGAGUUCCUCCUGCUGUCCCACACCGAGAAAUACAGGAGACUUAAGGACGCAAUCAGAUCUGUGAUGAGAGAGGGGCGGCAGCUGCUCUCUAACCUGGAGACUUCAAGGAAGGAAGGGGACGCCGACACGCGCUGGGACAUGACACAGGACUGGGAUACCAUGCAGAGGCUGCUGGCUCAGCUCACAGAUAUGGAGAUGGCGUUUGAUGGCUUCUUUGAUAAGCACCACCUCAAACUGCAGCAAUAUUUACAACUGCUGAGAUAUGAGCACAGUUUUCAGGAGAUGGAGUGCUCUUUAGAGAAAUUAAGAGCACAGGAAAGGAAGAUAAGCAUCACAGGAGAAUCCCUGUCCCAAACAGAGCAGUGUGUCAAAGAGCUGGACAGUUUGGAAAAACGUGCGCAGGAGGAGAUGAGUCGGGCUCAGGUUCUUAUCCUGCAUGGGCAUCAGCUGGCUGCUGGACAUCACUAUGCCAUGGCUCUGAUUAUCCAGCGCUGUAAUGAACUCAGACAUCAGUGUGACACCCUGACUUCUGCCCUCAAUAUUAAACACAACUCCCUGACACAAGCACAGACCCUGCUGCGCCACCUCGAAGAGGCUCAGCGGUGGUGUGAUGAUGGCGCUUAUCUCUUGGCCAAUCAGCAGGUGGAUAAAUUCCAGUCUAAAGAGGGUGCGCAGGCAGCUCUUCGAGAUAUCGAGAAGUUCCAGGAGGCGGCGCCACCUCUCCUCGGUGCUGGCGUGGAUGUGCUCUUUCUAGAGUAUGAAUCUGUGCUCACUCCUUGUCUACAGGCUCAUAUAGAGAAGACUUUUCAGAAGCAUAGCUCUGUGCAGGCUCUGAUUCAGUCCAGACAGAACUGCCUGAGGAAACUGGCAGACAAACAUGUCCGACCAAUCCAGCUGGUGGCCCCUCGUCCAGAGAAUCCACCACGUGUAAAAUCCCCCCUCUUCUCCCCCAAACAUGAUUUUAAUUCCAGUCUAAAGUUCACCUUUGACCUCCCAUUACCAGGCAAAAGAACAUCAAGGAAAAGCCCAAACUCCAGGAAGAUCGAGGUGAUUCAUGACUAUCAGAUGGCCAGCUCUCUCCCGUACAGUAUAGAUGGAGAAGACGGAACUGAUCUGCUCAAACGACAUGUGAUGAAGGAGCUGAUCGAGACCGAGAGGAUCUAUGUGGAGGAGCUGCUGGCAGUGCUCUUGGGCUACAGGGCUGAAAUGGACAAUCCGUCUCUUGCUCCACUCCUGCCAACAAGUCUUCGCAACAAGAGAGAUGUGCUGUUUGGAAACUUGCCUGAUAUCUACAACUUCCAUAGCAGUGUCUUCCUGCAGGAUUUGGAAAGCUGUCUGGAGAGCCCUGAGGCAGUAGGGGCUUGCUUUCUGGAAAGGAAAGACCAUUUCCAUUUGUAUGAAUGUUACUGUCAGAACAAGCCUCGAUCUGAUUCUUUAUGGAGGCAGUUCUCGGACUGCCCGUUCUUUCAGGAGUGCCAAAAGAAGCUGGAACACAAACUUGCUCUUGACUCAUACCUGCUGAAACCAGUCCAGCGCCUUACAAAGUAUCAACUUCUAUUAAAGGAGCUUCUGAAGUACAGCUCAGGCUGUGAGAGAGUUUCUGAGCUGCAGGGGGCGCUAGAAGCCAUGCUGGACCUGCUGAAGUCAGUCAAUGACUCAAUGCACCAGAUUGCCAUCACCGGAUACGAGGGGGAUCUCAGCAAUCUGGGCCGCGUGCUAAUGCAAGGCUCCUUCAGCGUGUGGAUUAGUCAUAAGAAGGGUCCAACCCGAGUGAAGGAGCUGGCCCGCUUCAAGCCCAUGCAGCGACACCUGUUCCUGCAUGAGCACGCACUCCUCUUCUGCAAGCGUCGAGAGGAACACGGAGAGAACGCUGACAAAACUCCCUCCUACAGCUUCAAGCACUGUCUUAAGAUGAGUGCAGUUGGCAUUACGGAGAACGUCAAAGGAGAUGUGAAGAAGUUUGAGAUCUGGUACAGUGGCAGAGAGGAAGUCUAUGUGAUACAGGCACCCACAGUGGAGGUGAAGAUCGCUUGGCUGAACGAGAUCAGAAAGAUCCUGACCAACCAGCAGAAACAGCUCAAAGAGGAGUUGUGUCACUCUGCUGCAGUCUCAGAGCAGAUGUCUCCUCCUCUCUCAGUGAGCAAACAGCAAAGAGCGUCAGUCAGCUCAGAGGGGACUGAGUCAGGCCACAGCAGUCCAGAUCCGUUCAGCUGCUCUAACCAGCACCAGCGCAACAGACGCAGCUGGCCGGGCGCACCUUAUUCUGUAGAUAUCUGUGAAGGUCUGGAGGACUGGAGUGGAGCAAACAGCCUCUCUAACCCGUCUGACACUGAGGAGGAGGACGCCGCCCAUCUGGUUGCAGGCAGAUACAGGGCCUUCGUCGACUGGCGUAAAAAUGGGACAGAUAACUUCAUCGUUAAGUGUGGUGAUGUCAUACAACUACAGCAUGAGGAAAAUGAUGGCCAGUGGCUGGUGAAGAAUCUGAGUCGCAGACAGGAAGGCCGUAUACCUACUGCCAACCUGCAGGGCAUCCUGGGGGAAAGCAUCAAGAAUCACUCCAACCGGCUUGGAGACCCAGGGAAUCGUAAGGCACGGAAGCUCAGCUCGCCAUGAGGGAAUGGCCCAGUGCAAUACUGGACCUUUAACAUUCACACUUGGUAGCUCAGACUGUAUGUGACUACAUGGAUUCAGACCUGACCAGCAGGAUCGUGUUCCAGAGUUUUUGUACUGAUCCUCACUGACAGAUGCUACCAAAAUGCAAAAGACAAAUCGUUUUACAUCUUCCAAGAGAUCUCCACCAUUUCAGAAAACCCAGAGAGCGCUUUUAAACACCUGUCCUCUGCCUAAACACACUUCAGUCCUCCUGACUAGGUGAAGCCUAGAACAUUCAGACUCUGGGAUUGUCCCAGUAGACUUUGCAGUUGUUUUUAAUGAAUCGAGGCCCAUCAAAAGGCCCCUUCGUCUCGUCGCUGUCUUCACGGUUAACCCUCUCAGAAGACCUAUGAAAACAUCCUGUUCGUAAAGGACUGGAAUUUUUAAACUGUGUUUGUUUGUGCUGUUAUUUAUCUUGUACUGUUGUAUUUAUCCUCAGUCUGAGCUCUUCCUGAGAGCUUCAAUGCCAAAUCAUGCAGUGCCAUAAUGCCCGUUUCCCCAAUUUUAUUUGAUGCAGACUUUGCUCAGUAGUGCACUAGUUACCUCAAAAAAAUAUUUAUAAGCACUUUAUUCAGGUCACGCAAAUUUGUGGCCUUUUGUGUCUCUCUACAGCUUUAAACCGGAUGAAUUUUGCAUGCCGACAAUUCUUACCUCUCUUAUUUAGUAAAAUUCUCUUGUCAGGCACUUUACAUGCAGAAUCUACUCUGCCAGCUUGAAGACCUGGGGGCUGUCAUGUAAAUGUUGACUUUGGAGCCACAAAUAUGAGUUAUGAGGGGGUGAGCAGAGCGCAUGUGUGUUGAAUGUGUGGCACGGCUGCACAAUCAGAGCCGUGUUAAUGGAGGUUUCUUAUUAAGGGAGAUCAUACAGCAAACAUUAAAUAUACCCACUGUUUAGAAUGCUUAAUGAAAUAUUAAUUGCAGACUUAUAUGAAUUUACUACAUUAAAUCAGGCCCACAGUUGGAGGGCUGACUUUGAUAUACCAGCGUUUGAAGUGGAAAUGAGCUGCGUGUAGCAGCAGGAGACGCUGUGGAGUACAUAUCUCUUAUGUUAUUAAUUUUGCUAUCAAGUUGUUCCCUUCCAGCGUGGAGCUCCAGCCACCCACUCAAAAUCAAACCAUGUAAAGGACACAACUGCCUGUAGUCUGUGCUGUAUUAGCCAUAUAUACUGUCAGCUUUGCAUAUUUAUUUGCUUAUUCGUGUCUAAACGUCUGAGAGCACAUUGGGAAUCAGAAUUUCAUGAUCAUCAGGUUUUUUCCAUCAUUUUCAAGUUAAUUUUGUAAAUUUAGUUUUUCACUCAGAAGUAAUGCUAAACAAAAAUGGUCUCAAACUUUUGGACCUCACUAAAUCUAAUAGCAUUUAAUCCUGAUUUUUGUUUUUUGGGACUGGCUUCUAAAUUAUUCUUUUUGAAGGAAUGUAUCUGUGUUGACUGUUGUAUUGUAACAAUAUUGUAUUUAAAUUUGUACAGCCUAUUGAAAAUUAAGAAAUCCUUUUUUUUUUUUUUUUUUUUUUUUUUUUAAAUAAAACUAUUUAAUAGUAAAUAAUUUGUACCUAAAAUAUAUAAAUUGUAUUAUUAUUUAACUACUCUUAGUGUUUAAACGUUUGGGGUCGGUAAGCUUUUUCAACGUCUGCUCACCAAGUAUUUAUUUGAUCUGAGCAUAUGUCUGUGAAAUAUUCCAUUUUUUUUUCUAUUUCAAUAUACAGGUGCUUGUCAUAUAAUUAGAAUAUCAUCAAAAAGUUGAUUUAUUUCACUAAUUCCAUUCAAAAAGUGAAACUUGUAUAUUAUAUUCAUUCAUUACACACAGACUGAUAUAUUUCAAAUGUUUAUUUCUUUUAAUUUUGAUGAUUAUAACUGACAACUAAGGAAAAUCCCAAAUUCAGUAUCUCAGAAAAUUAGAAUAUUGUGAAAAGGUUCAAUAUUGAAGACAACUGGUGCCACACUCUAAUCAGCUAAUUAACUUAAAACACCUGCAAAGGCCUUUAAAUGGUCUCUCAGUCUAGUUCUGUAGGCUACACAAUCAUGACUGCUGACUUGACAGUUGUCCAAAAGACGACCAUUGACACGUUGCACAAGGAGGGCAAGACACAAAAGGUCAUUGCAAAAGAGGCUGGCUGUUCACAGAGCUCUGUGUCCAAGCACAUUAAUAGAGAUGUAAAAGGAAGGAAAAGAUGUGGUAGAAAAAAGUGUCCACCCUGGAGAGGAUUGUGAAACAAAAGCCAUUCAAAAAUGUGGGGGAGAUUCACAAAGAGUGGACUGCAGCUGGAGUCAGUGCUUCAAGAACCACUACGCACAGACGUAUGCAAGACAUGGGUUUCAGCUGUCGCAUUCCUUGUGUCAAGCCACUCUUGAACAACAGACAGCGUCAGAAGCGUCUCGCCUGGGCUAAAGACAAAAAGGACUGGACUGCUGCUGAGUGGUCCAAAGUUAUGUUCUCUGAUGAAAGUAAAUUUUGCAUUUCCUUUGGAAAUCAGGGUCUCAGAGUCUGGAGGAAGAGAGGAGAGGCACACAAUCCACGUUGCUUGAGGUCCAGUGUAAAGUUUCCACAGUCAGUGAUGGUUUGGGGUGCCAUGUCAUCUGCUGGUGUUGGUCCACUGUGUUUUCUGAGGUCCACAGUCAACGCAGCCAUCUAUCAGGAAGUUUUAGAGCACUUCAUGCUUCCUGCUGCUGACCAACUUUAUGAAGAUGCAGAUUUCAUUUUCCAACAGGACUUGGCACCUGCACACAGUGCCAAAGCAACCAGUAUCUGGUUUAAGGACCAUGGUAUCCCUAUUCUUAAUUGGCCAGCAAACUCGCCUGACCUUAACCCCAUAGAAAAUCUAUGGGGUAUUGUGAAGAGGAAGAUGCGAUAUAUCAGACCCAACAAUGCAGAAGAGCUGAAGGCCACUAUCAGAGCAACCUGGGCUCUCAUAACACCUGAGCAGUGCCACAGACUGAUCGACUCCAUGCCACACGGCAUUGCUGCAGUAAUUCAGGCAAAAGGAGCCCCAACUAAGUAUUGAGUGCUGUACAUGCUCAUACUUUUCAUGUUCAUACUUUUCAGUUGGCCAAGAUUUCUAAAAAUCCUUUCUUUGUAUUGGUCUUAAGUAAUAUUCAAAUUUUCUGAGAUACUGAAUUUGGGAUUUUCCUUAGUUGUCAGUUAUAAUCAUCAAAAUUAAAAGAAAUAAA